UAAUAUCAUAAUUCGUUUAUAUAUAAGAAUCUAUAUGUUUAUAUUUAUAAAUAUUUCCUUUUCUUAUUUAUGGGAUUCUGUAAGAAAAGGCAAGUUAAAUUAAAAGGUUUACUAGAUAUUAAAUUAAAAGGAAAAUUAAAUUAACUUGUGACGUUAUAGAAGUUUUUCUUUUAACCAAAAAAACUUCUAUAUAUAUUGAUAACGCGACAUGUUUCCAAAUUUCUCACGUUAUUCAUAUAUGUUUUAAUGCAGAAAAUAUUCCUUUGAUUUUUUUUUUCCUUAAGAAAAAAGAGCUAAACCGACUAUACGCCGACCUUAGUCCUAGACUCCUAGAUAGAAGUAGUAUAUAUAUGCAUGUAUGUGUGCUCACACAAAAUAAACGAAACCCCCAAAGACGGUGAUGGAUAACAUCAAGAUGAAAGAAAAAGUUGGUAAAUCACAAGUCGCAGAUCUCUCUAUCCAAGAGACAAAUCCAAAGAAGAAACAAAAACUUUGUGAAUCACAAGUAACCCCAAGUCCUUCCCUAUCAAAGAUUGAUUUGGCAGAAGCGAUGAAGAAGCAAAACGACGUAGCAAUGUUCCUUGCGGGGAAAGUAAUUUCAACCCUAGCCAAAAACUCUAACUUGGUUUUCUCUCCGGUAUCAAUAAACGCGGUGCUCACCAUGGCGGCUAAUAGGCGAGAAGCCAAAACACUAAGAUCCUUCAUCCUCUCCUUUCUUAGCUCUUCCUCAACCGAAGAGCUCAACGCUGUGUUUGGUGAGAUCUGUUCUGUGGUUCUAGCAGACGGCAGUGCGAGCGGUGGACCUAAAAUCGCAGCACUUAAUGGAGUCUGGAUCGAUCAAUCACUCUCGGUUGAUUCCUCGUGGCAGGAUCUCAUAGUAAAUUUCUUCAAAGCUGAGUUCGCUCAAGUUGACUUCAGUACCAAUACCAAGGCGGAAAUAGUGCGUAUGGAGGUCAAUGCAUGGGCUUUACGGCACACAAAUAAUCUCAUCAAAGACCUUCUUCCUCAAGGAUCCGUGACAAGCCAAACCGAAUGGAUUUAUGGAAAUGCAUUGUACUUCAAAGGAUCUUGGGAAAAGAAGUUUGAUAGUUAUUUGACUAAAAACAAACCAUUUCACCUUGUCAAUGGAGAAUCAGUCUCUGUGCCUUUCAUGAGCAGCCAUAAUAACCAAUAUGUAAAGGCUUAUGAUGAUUUCAAGGUCCUGAGGCUCGAUUAUCAACAAGGCCGUGAUGAUGCCGACCGCAAAUUCUCAAUGUACUUCUAUCUACCUGACAAGAGAGAUGGACUGGAUAAUCUUUUGAAGAGAUUGACAUCUACUCAUGGAUUUUUGGACUCUCACAUACCGAGAUACAAAGAUAGAGUUGGCGAAUUCAGAAUUCCAAAAUUUAAGAUCAAUUUUGGGUUUGAAGCUUCAAAGGCUUUUGAUGAUUUUGAGCUAAAUGUGUCAUUGUACCAAAAAGCUUUCAUUGAAAUCGAUGAGGUAGGUACUGAAGCUGCGGCUGCUACUGCCCUGCGGAAAUCUACUGGCGGCUGCAGACCAAUUGUACGGAAGAUGAUAGAUUUCGUGGCAGAUCAUCCAUUUCUUUUCAUGAUUAGAGAAGACAGAACCGGAAUUGUUAUGUUUGUUGGUCAAAUCUUCGAUCCUUCCAAAUCUGAUUAGGAUCUUGUAUUAAUUUUGCUUUGUCUGAGAUAUGGGGUUUUCAAUUUAUUGAAGUUAAUGUUCAUGAUUAUAACCUACCUUGAUUUGGUUCUCCUCAACUAAGUAUGAUCCUGAAUCAUCAUAUUCUUCACAUGCAGUUUA